GCGGCGAGGCCCCGCGAUGAGCGCUUCUGAGGCGGCCGCAGGUGAGGAGGAUGGUGGGGAGCCCGAGGACGAAGGGGAAGAGGAGGAGGAGGAGGAGGAGGACGAUGCGGACGCCGAGACCGCGCCGGGUGGGCGGAAGGUCCGUGGUGGGCGGAAAGCCCGGGGUAGGCCGCGCCUCACCGACUCCGACCGGGUACGACGGCGCCUCGAAUCCCGCAAGAAGUACGACGAGCGGCGAGUCUACCUGGGCGAGGCUCACGGCCCGUGGGUGGAGCUGAGGCAGCGCAGUGGCUGGAGUGACGCCAAGCUGGCGGCUUAUUUGCUGGAGCUGGAACGAGGAGGACAGCGGGCCGGGCGCCGCGGAAAACCAUGGGAGCAGAUCCCUUAUGAGCCACAGCGAAAGAAAACCUUGUUGAAAUUUGUAGUUGCCAAUGGCGCUGGAGCUGGAAGCUCUGAGUCUUCAGAAGAGAGCUCUAACUCUGAGACAGGGGAACAGUUGGAGAAUCAGACAGACAAGCGCCAGGUUCAACAAUCCUCAGCAAAGGCAGAAGGAGAAAAGGCCAGUGGCCUCAUCACACAGGAUGGCAUCCAUAUUCCAUUUGAGAACUUACGAGAAGAACAGGGUGCCAGCACGUGCCACAAUCCACCCCUCAAUGGACCGGAGACGAUGGAAACUGUGGUGUGCAUGCCAGUACCCAUGCAAGUGGGUCCAGGUCAUGGAGCCCUGUUUGGGAACGUUGGAGAAGUAGUAGCCAGCUGCCCUGUGCAAGGUUCACAGGUGAUCAUCAUUGCUGGGCCGGGCUAUGAUACUCUCACAGCGGAAGGAAUCCAGCUUAAUGUCGCCAGCGCAGGAGAAGAGGAGCUGCCUUGUGCUAUGAUAGAGGGUGUAGCCACUUAUACUCAAGCACAGCCUGAGAACGGACAGCAGAGUAGCAUGGAGAGGAGGCGGAGCAAAAGAAGUCGUGUCAUAGAUGCAGAUGGCAUGUUGGAGAUGUUCCACUGUCCUUAUGAAGGAUGCACCCAAGUCUAUGUAGCACUUAGUAGCUUCCAGAGGGAUGAAGCCCUCUUGAAAUUGCUGAGAUACUGGGGCGUGAUCACAGAACCAUCAAAACAUUUUGUUGCAAAUAGUCAACAGGAUUGCAAGGAACAUGUUGAGAACAAAAGACGGAUAUUAACCACCAAAGAUUUGGGAAGACUCAAACGUGAAGCCGCCAGGAACCCAUUGGUCCUCCAGUGCUGUCAUAUUCCAGAACUGCAACCUACCCAGAGUGCCCAGAGGUAUACGGUGCUCAGUGCUCAGAGAGAUGGCCAAGGAGUCCGUGAAUUUACCUGUGAGACUUGUGGAAAAUCCUUCAAGCGGAAAAACCAUCUGGAGGUCCAUCGUCGAACACAUACGGGAGAGACACCUCUCCAGUGUGAGAUUUGUGGCUAUCAGUGCCGUCAGAGGUCUUCUCUCAACUGGCAUAUGAAGAAGCACACUUCAGAAGUCCAAUACAACUUCACUUGCGAACACUGUGGCAAACGUUUUGAGAAGCUCGACAGUGUCAAGUUCCACAAACUCAAGAGCCACCCAGACCAUAAGGCUGCCUGACCCUCAUCACGAAUCACGAAUCACUUUAAUUAUUGUUCCUCCAAAUACCUAAACCGGUCGAGCGCAUGUCUUACAUAGUCACAGCUGAAGACGUGUGUGCUACCCAGAGCACAAGGGUCCAUUCCUCUGGUUAGAAUGAGAUGGAGUAGUGUUUUUUUUUUUAAAGGCCAGAUGAUGACUGACAAAAACUUUUGAAGUUUGAUGUGCAAGUUUGCUCUGGGUGCUCUGACAGCAUAAACUUAAAACAUCUUAUAACUGGAGAUUAUGGUGCUAAACUGUCCUGUUUCUUAAGGGGAAAAGAACAGCGGAAGCAACAGCCAAGAAUCAUCUUACCCAAUUAAAGUAUCUGUGCUUUGCUGGCAGUACCUACAUUUUAGCCACCUGAUACUUGAUCUGAAGGAGGAGGGGCAGCAUGAAAAGUCUACUUGCCUAUCAUUUAACUAUGGAGAGACCCCUUCCAAUGUAUAUCUGCAGGCCUAGCUCAAGUGAAUGUUUUGUAUCUAUUGGCAACAGUUGAAAGAACAAUAUUGGCUGAUACGCAUUAAUUCAAUUUCCUUGAAAUAGACGGUUGAACGUUGUCAUAUAUUGGCCCAAGCAUGGUUCUGUUUCAGGAACUAUUUUCCCUUUCAACAUUCAGGGCUAUUGCAUUUGAAGACAAUCCAGAGUUGGUAUUUGUACCUGUUUUCUUGAAAUAUUGGUGUUAUAUAAAGCACAGAUUCUGAUCCUGGGUA